AUGGACAACGCGACAUCGCCCGCUUCGUCUUCCUCGACUGUCAAGUGCUCCAUCUGCAUGGACGACGUCUCCGAUGACUGUGGCCGUACUGUCGUCAGGCUUCGCUGCUCUCACUCGUUUCAUCUCGAUUGCAUCGGUUCUGCAUUCAAUGUAAAAGGUGUCAUGGAAUGCCCGAAUUGCCGUGAGAUUGAGAAUGGUGUAUGGAGGUGUUUUGAGAAUGGUAGCCCUGAGCCUGACUUAUAUGAGGGGAUGGAUGAGGAGCCUGUGGAUUUCAUUGACAUGGGAAAUGGAACUUUUGUACGUCACUAUAUUUGGGAAACAAGGUUACCAUCACCUGGCUAUGAGAAUUUCGUUGACCCCUAUGCCGUCUUUGAUGGUAAUCCUAAUACCAGCCAUCAAUUGAAUGGCCCUCCUGUACACAAUGGGGUAUUUACUUCUCGGGUUAACUGGAGAUGUGAUCCUUUCAUAUGUGAUACCUAUAUCAAUUCGUUUUCAAGGGGUGACCAUACCAGUGGUGCUAAUUGGGCUUCAGUUAGAUCUGCAACCUUGAGUGCUGGGCUUGAUUUUCAUGCUAUGCCAAAUGAACCAUUUGUUCCUCGAAUCAUUGAGCAUGGGAUGUGUGUUCAAACUGCUACUGAAUCUCCAUUUGGUUUGGGUUAUCAAGGAAGCAAUGAUCCAGUUUAUUCCAACUUACGAAGGAUGCAGCAGACACUAACCAAUUCCUUUUCAUCUGCUGCGGACACUUACAUGAGAAGAUCAAAUGGAUUGAGGGGCUAG